GACAACUGUUCCAAUGUCAUCACUCCAGUAUUAGAGAGGAAUUACCUCUCACCAAUGUAUGGUCUGGAAUUUACCAUUGGCUUCAUCGGAAACUUAUUUGUGGUGUUAGGUUACGUCUUUUGCCUCCCUGCUUGGAAGUCUACAAAUGUGUACCUGUUUAACCUGUCUGUGUCUGACCUCAUUUUCCUGUGCACUUUACCUGAACUGUCCCAUAACUACACUUACAACUUGAAGAAAUUCAAUGCUUCAGUAUGCAUGAUUAAUCGCUACAUCCUCAAUGUGAAUAUGUACUCCAGCAUCCUUUUUAUGAUGUGGGUAAGUGUGGACCGGUUCUUGUUGCUGUGUCACCCACAGCGUGAACAUAUUCUGUUGACUCUCAAGGCUGCAGUGUGCAUCACGAUCAUGAACUGGAUCUGGGUGACCAUUCAAAUUGCUCCCCUCAUCGUUUUCAUUAUCCAGGACUUAGAUCAAAAUGGCUGGACAGUGUGUCGUGAUUUUGGGAGUCUGGGAGAGGCCAAAGUUAUUCUGAUCUAUACCACAGUGCUUACCAUCACUGGAUAUGUGAUACCACUUCUGGCUUUGUUUUUAUCAUCACAAAAGAUGGUUUCUGUCCUCAUGAAAAGAGAGGAGAUGCGUGGGACAUCCUUUCAAAGGCCAGUAAGAAUUGUGAGGAUUGCAGCAUUCAUGUUUCUUUUGCUUUACACGCCCAUCCAUGUAAUGAGGAUUGCGCGUUUCACAUCACGGCUUCCUGAAUUAAAUGUGUCACAGUGCAUCAUGGAUUACAUCAAUUCAGCAUACAUAGUGUCACGGCCAAUUGCAUAUUUUCACAGUGUCAUCAACCCUGUGUUUUACUUCCUCAUGACAGACAGCUUUAAAGAAGCACUGCAGGACAAGUGGAGGCAGCUUAAAAGGAUGCUAAUGACUAAACCAUAA